UUGACACCCCUCGGCUCAAUUGCUAUGGUUCGUUUACAAUUUGUCAUUGGCCCAAAGAUAUUUAUUUAACGAACGCUUGCUUUCAGUAUUCGGUUAAACUGUAGUGAAGCAACGUCAGCAGGCUAAUAUGCGCCGUGGUAACAGUGGUGCCACCUCCGGAUCUGCGUCGGUUCAGGAUCUUAUCAUCUCUCUCCCACUCCUACACUUCUGUGUUGAAGCAAAGCCCGUUAGUCGUUAAACAUCUCAUAUCCUAAAAACGCUGUCGUUUAAGCUAUGGCGUUGAGCUCAGCUUCUCUUAGUAGACUUAAUACUACCUCUUUGUCUCUCUCGGCGAAGAAGACGAAUCGAAACCCUAGAAAUCCAUCUCUCUCCUUCACCAUUACUAGCUCAUCGUCCUUUGACGAACCACCUAAACCUUCUUCUUCUACUCCACCAAUUCGCGUCUCCUCGAGCUCUGUCCCGAAAGCUCGAUUCAUCGCUCGUCAGAAACAAUCCAUCUCCGUUCGUCAGCUCCAACGACCUCUAAUUGAGUAUAUGAGCUUACCUGCAAGUCAGUACUCGGUGCUUGAUGCGGAGAGGAUUGAGAGAGUUGAUGAUAACACGUUCAGAUGCUAUGUUUAUAAUUUUAAAUUCUUCAACUUUGAAGUCUGCCCUGUUUUGCUUGUCAGGGUUGAAGAACAACCUAAUGGCUGCUGCAUCAAGCUUCUGUCCUGCAAGCUUGAGGGAUCUCCUGUUGUGGUUGCUCAGAAUGACAAAUUUGAUGCUUCUAUGGUGAACCGGGUAUCAUGUGAUAGCACUCAGGAGGGCACAUCAGAGCAACAAAUUACUUCAGAUGCAGUCAUUGAGGUCAAUAUCGAGAUCCCUUUUGCAUUUAGAGUGUUCCCAGUGGGAGCAGUAGAGGCGACAGGGACACAGGUCCUUGAUCAAAUUCUUAGACUCAUGCUACCACGAUUUUUGUCUCAGCUCUCGAAAGACUAUCAAGCAUGGGCUUCUGGAGACACUUCAAGGCAACCUCUUGGGACCGGCGAGAUCUGAUAGUAAAGCAAAAGCUACCGUACCUGGUUCAGAGAUCCUGCACCUCCUCGAGUUCAAGUCGGGGAUGUUAGCAUAUUCUCGAUCUUUUCAAUGUGUUAUGCUCGGGUAUAAUGAUCACAAAUGAAUCUCUGUAGUCACUGGAAUUGCGACCCUUUUCAUUAGAAUACGUUUGUUUGUUACACUGUAAAAUAUCAGACGGUGUGUCAUGUUAAUCCAACCAGAAGUUCCUUAUAGGGAUCUACCUUUUAUACCAAAAA